AUGAGCGGCUACGUUACGGGAGCCGCAGUAGUCGCAUUGAAAUUCGACGAAGGAGUGCUAAUGAUUGCAGAUACGAAGCUGAGUCUAGGGAGGAUGGCUCGGUACAUGAACGUAAAAAGAAUGCAGGAAGUCUCGAAAAACACGCUUCUCUGCUGCUCAGGGGACGCGGCCGAUCACCAGUACCUGAGUGACCUGCUCAAGAGGGUGGUCCAGACCGAGCUUUUGGCGCACCGCAACGACGAGUCCAAGACGCUGCUGAACGCAGAAAUGCUGCUGAACUACACCUCCAGAGUGCUCUAUUCGCGGAGAACGAAGCUUGACCCGGUUCUGGUAUCUGCAGUCGUGGGAGGAUUCAGCAGAGGGGAGCCCUUUCUGGGCUACACUGACUAUUACGGCACUAAGUAUACUGACGACUUCGUGGUAACAGGGCUCGGCAAGUACUUUGCCAUUGGACCCCUUAGGGAAGAGCACAGGCCAACCAUGAGCCUGGCCGAGGCCAGGGACCUGGCAGUGAGGUGCAUGAGGCUGCUGUACCUGCGAGACUGCACUGCCUCGGUCCGGGUUCAGGUCGGCUACGUUACGAAGAACGGCGUUUUCGUUGACGAGCCGUUCCUUUUGGACUCCAAAUGGGACUACGCUAAGUUCGCUGCGCCAACUUCUGCACUACCAAUAGCUGGAAACCAAUUUUAA